AUUACUUAAUGUUGUGAAGAAACUAACUUUUGGAUAAACUUUUAUUGUUCUUUACUCCUUUUUCUCUUUGAGCUUAAAGGCACUCAUGCUCAUCAAAACAUGAUAAUGGGGUGUCCUUAGUGCAUGUACGAGAGAAAAUAAUUGGUCUUUGUGUUUUUGAUCAAGCAUUCAGCACUCUAUGCGCUACUGAAAUACCUCGUUGCAUGGGAGACAUGUUGAAUUGGAGGAGUUCAAGAAGAAAGAAUGCCAUUGAUUAUAGUGAUCAUGGCUUUAUGGACACACUGUUUUCAUGGUCCCUUGAAAACAUUUCCAAUGAAGAUCUUUACAGGGACAAGGUGAAACAAAUUGAUAUGAGAUUUAGCUCCAUUGAACAUUAUUUUGGGUCAUAUGUGUACCCCUUGUUAGAAGAAACCAGAACACAGCUAUGCUCAAGUAUGGAAAUCUUGUCCAGUGCACCUUUUGCAGAAGUAAUCUCUCUUAAGGAGUUAUAUUCAACUGAUAAGAAACUCUAUGGUGUUAAGACUGGCAUUUGGAAAAACAGGUUCUCCAAUCAUGGAAAAGAGCUAUACAAAACGUUGUCCGGAGAUGUUUUUCUUCUGGCUGAUUUUAAACCGGAGACUUCAAAUGAUUUACAAAGGGUUGGAAGGAUGUGGACCUUCGUAUUGUCUGCUGGUAUACCGGAGCAGGAACUUGAGGAAGACACUGAUAUUGUAUCUUCUUUUAAGUUUACUGCAUCUAAAGACAUUGACGUUGAUGAAUUAAGGGAAAAAUCUUUGUUUAUGGUGUUUCUGACAAAUAUAAUCCCCAACAGAAGAAUAUGGAAAGCAUUGCACAUGUCCCGGAAUUCAAAUCUGAUCAAGAAAAUUUUAUGUGCUAGUGAUGUGGUUGAGGAAAUUUGUGACUACUGCUCUUCAGAGAUUGAUGAUCUAAGAAAUGACACAACAUAUGAAAGUUUAUUAUCUGAGCUGAAUGAGUCCCAAUAUAAGGCAAUUUGUGCAUGCCUUUCUUCCUCUCACUGCAAUCAUAAAGCUACUGUGGAUCUCAUUUGGGGUCCCCCAGGAACUGGGAAAACCAAGACUUUGGGAACACUUCUUUUUGCUCUAUGGAAAAUGAACUUUAGGAUUCUUGUCUGUGCCCCAACAAAUAUUGCCAUUAAAGAAGUGGCAUCACGUUUCUUAAGUAUCGUGAGAGAAUCCUUUGAUGGAAAAUCUGAUGAUGUGUUCUGUUCAUUAGGAGAUAUGCUCUUGUUUGGGAAUCAUGAGCGGCUCAAAGUUGGUGCAGACAUUGAAGAUAUAUAUUUGGAUUAUCGGGUCAAGCAGCUCCUUACAUGUGUUGAUUGGAAAUAUUGUUUCGCUUCAAUGAUUGACCUUCUUGAAAAUUGUGUUUCCAGUUAUCAUAUAUUUCUUGAGAAUGAGUUGUUAAAGGAGCAAGGGCACGUUGAUGAUAAGUCUACUGAUGAAACAAAAGAUGGAAACUCAUCAGAUUGUAGUGAGGGGACACAGAAAUCGUUUCUUGAGUUUAUGAGAGAAAGGUUUCUUUCUUUGGCAACAGCACUCAGAAACCGUAUUUCCAUCUUAUGUACUCAUGUUGCCAGAAGUUACAUUUUGGAGUAUAACUUGGAAAACUUGGGCUGCCUUAUUGAGUUACUUGAUUCAUUUGAAGAUUUGCUGUUUCAAAAUAAUAUCAACAGUGAAGUGUUGGAAGAGAUUUUGUCACCUUCAGACAUGUGCCACAGUUCUUCUGGGCCGUUUAUGCGUGACGAAAGCUUAUUGUACAAGAACAGAACUGAAUGCUUGUCUUCUUUAAGAACCCUUAAAAGUUCUCUUGAUGUACUCAACUUGCCAAAUUUUUCAAUCGAAACAUCAAUUAGAGAGUUCUGUUUCCAGACUUCCUCAAUAAUAUUUUCCACUGCUUCUAGUUCUUCUAAGCUACAUUCUGUUGCCAUGGAGCCACUAAACAUUUUGGUCAUUGAUGAGGCUGCACAGCUAAAGGAAUGUGAAUCAACAAUUCCUUUGCAACUUCAUGGCAUAAAUCAUGCCAUUCUUGUUGGAGAUGAAUGCCAGCUUCCAGCAAUGGUUGAAAGUAAGAUUUCUUAUGAAGCUGGUUUCGGAAGAAGCUUAUUUGGGAGGCUGAGCUCAUUGGGUCAUCAAAAUCACUUUCUCAAUAUACAGUAUAGGAUGCAUCCAGCUAUAAGUUACUUUCCAAAUACACACUUCUAUUUAAACCAAAUUCUCGAUGCUCCGAAUGUGGGGAGAAAGAACUAUAGAAAGAAGUAUCUACCAGGGUCAAUGUUCGGUCCUUACUCUUUCAUAAACAUAGUUGGUGGCAGAGAAGAAUUUGAUGAUGCUGGACGCAGCAGAAAAAAUAUGGUUGAGGUGGCAAUUGUGAUGAAGAUACUUAAAAAUUGUUUCCAAGGUUGGCUCGACUCGAAGGAGAAUGUUAGUAUAGGUAUAGUGUCUCCAUAUGCUGCUCAAGUUGUUGCGAUUCAGGAUAUGCUUGGACAGAAGUAUAACAAGCAUGAUGGGUUUUAUGUGAAUGUGAAAACAAUUGAUGGCUUCCAAGGUGGAGAGCAAGACAUUAUUAUAUUAUCAACAGUUAGAACUAAUGGAGGCACUCUCCAGUUUAUUUCAUGUCCUCAGAGGACUAAUGUUGCUCUUACAAGGGCUAGACACUGUCUAUGGAUAUUGGGGAGUGAAAGAGCCUUAGCAAGUCAAGAUAAUGUUUGGAAAGCUUUGGUGCUUGAUGCUAAAAAGCGUCAAUGUUUCUUUGAUGCUGAUGAAAAUGAAGAAUUGGCAAAAACUAUUUGGGAUGUCAGGAAAGAACUUGAUCAAUUUGAUGAUUUGCUGAAUGCUGAUAGUCUCCUUUUCAGAAAUUCCAUAUGGAAGGUUCUUUUCAGUGAUAACUUCCUUAAAUCAUUUAAAAAACUGCGAUCAAAGAGAACCAAAAAGUCUGUUAUAAGCCUCUUACUUAAACUUUCCAGUGGAUGGAGACCCAAAAGGAUGAAAGUGGAUGUGCUUUGUGGGAAUUCAUCGCAGAUGUUGAAGCAAUUCAAGGUUGAAGGUCUCUAUGUCAUUUGUUCAACGGACAUAGAAAAGGAAUCAAGGUAUAUGCAAGUUUUAAAGAUAUGGGAUGUACUGCCUCCAGAGGAUAUCCCUAAACUAGUGAGACGCCUUGAUAACAUAUUUGGAAGCUAUAGUGAUGAUUUUGUUAGUCGUUGCAAUGAGAAAUAUUUUGAGGGGAAAAUUGAGAUUCCAAUGAGCUGGGAAAAGUCAAUUGAGAUCAUCAGAUUUAAGAAUCUUGAUACUAGUGUAAAUGAUGCAGAAUUAGGUCCUCAAGGUGAUCAAAGACUUUAUAUUGAGAAUUCAAACGUUGAAGAGAGUCUUUUGUUGAUGAAAUUCUACUCUCUAUCCUCGGUUGUGGUCAAUCACUUGCUUUCUGACUGUGACAACAAUGAAUUGGAUCUUCCGUUUGAAGUAACAGACGAGGAACGAGAGAUAAUCCUCUUUCCUAAAAGCACCUUUGUGCUUGGUCGCUCUGGUACUGGAAAAACUACUGUUCUGACCAUGAAGUUAUUUCAAAAGGAGGACUUGCACCACAAGUCUGUUGAAGCGGCGUAUGCAACUACUAGUUCAGCAGUUCCUUGUUUGAAUCAGGAUUACAAAGAGAGUUCUUCUGUCAAUGACAGGCCUGUCUUACGUCAGUUAUUUGUAACAGUGAGUCCCAAGUUAUGUCAAGCAGUAAAAUAUCACGUUGUUCGUCUAAAAAGAUCUAUAUGUGGUGGCAAUGUUUCUGCUGAGAGGAAUCCUAUGGAUGAAGAUAUUGAUGUUAAUGCAUUGCAAUUCAAGAAUAUUGCAGAUUCUUUUAUUGAUUUGCCUACAGAUGCUUACCCACUUGUCAUAACAUUUCAGAAGUUUUUACUGAUGCUUGAUGGAACUUUGGGGAAUUCCUUUUUUGGAAGAUUCAGUAACCUUGAUUCUAAUAGUCAAAAUCUUGGUGUCAGUUCUGUUGCUUUAGAGACCUUCAUAAGAAAUAAGGAGGUGACUUAUGAUAGGUUUGCUGCAUUAUAUUGGCCUCAUUUCAAUCUCCAACACACUAAGAAGCUUGAUUGCUCUAGAGUAUUCAUUGAAAUCAUAUCACAUAUAAAAGGUGGUAUCCAAGCUAUGGAGCCUGGUGAGGGUAAGCUAAGCCGAAACGAUUAUCUCCUGCUGUCUGAAAAUCGUGCUUCAAGCUUAACUAAACAGAAAAGAGAGAUGAUAUAUGAUGUUUAUCUAAGUUAUGAAAAACUGAAGCUAGAUAAAGGAGAGUUUGAUAUGGCUGAUAUUGUAGUAGACUUGCAUCGUCGACUCAGAAGUAAAAGAUAUGAGGGUGAUGAAAUGCAUUUUGUAUAUAUUGAUGAGGUGCAAGAUCUAACAAUGAGUCAAAUUGCUUUGUUUAGAUAUGUGUGCCAAAAUGUAGAAGAGGGGUUUGUUUUUUCUGGAGAUACAGCACAAACUAUAGCAAGGGGAAUUGAUUUUAGGUUCCAGGAUAUAAAAUCUCUCUUCUACAAAAAGUUUGUGUUAGAGUCAAGGAGAAACACAUACAAUUAUGGAAAAGAGAAAAUUUCAGAUAUUUUCUUAUUGAACCAGAAUUUUCGCACCCAUGCUGGAGUGCUGAAGUUAUCCCAAAGUACCAUUGAGCUUCUUUUUCGCUUUUUCCCUUAUUCUAUUGAUGUCUUGAAGCCGGAAACCAGUUUGAUAUUUGGUGAAGCUCCCGUGGUUCUUGAAUGUGGAAAUAAAGAAAAUGCAAUUGUAACUAUAUUUGGAAAUAGUGGACAUAUGACAGGAAAAAUUGUUGGUUUUGGAGCUGAACAAGUAAUUUUGGUACGAGAUGAUUUUGUUCGAAGGGAAGUUCUGGAUUAUGUGGGGAAACAGGCACUUGUAUUAACCAUUUUGGAGUGCAAAGGUCUAGAAUUUCAGGAUGUAUUGCUCUACAACUUUUUUGGCUCUUCGCCCUUGAAAAAUCAAUGGAGGGUGGUAUAUGAAUAUAUGAAGGAACAAGAUAUGUUGGAACCUAAAGAACUUAAGGCUUAUCCAAGUUUUAAUGAAUCAAAACACAAUAUUCUGUGUUCUGAACUCAAGCAGCUGUAUGUGGCCAUAACCCGUACAAGGCAGAGAUUGUGGAUUUGUGAGAAUACAGAAGAAUUCUCGAGACCCAUGUUUGACUAUUGGAAAAAGAAAUGUCUUGUCCAGUUCAAAGAAUUGGAUGAUUCACUUGCUCAAGCAAUGAAAGUUGCAAGCAGUCCAGAAGAAUGGAAGUCGCGUGGCAUAAAGCUUUAUAAUCAAAAUAACUAUGAGAUGGCGACAAUGUGUUUUGAAAGAGCAGGGGACUCCUACUGGGAGAAAAAGUCUAAGGCUGCUGGUCUUAGGGCAACUGCAAACCGUUUGCGUGAUUUGAAUCCUGAAGAUGCGCAUGAAAUUCUUAGGCAAGCUGCUGAAAUUUUUGAAGGAAUAGGAAUGAUUGAUACUGCAGCUCAAUGUUUUUCAGAUUUGGGGGAUCAUGAAAAAGCUGGGAAACUUUAUUUGGAGAAGUGUGAGGAGCCUGAUUUUAAAAGAGCAGGAGAUUGUUUUUAUCUAGCUGGAUGUUGUGAAAUGGCAGCUCAAGUGUAUGCUAAAGGCAAGUUUUUCUCAGAUUGUUUGAGUGUUUGUGCAAAAGGAGGGCUUUUUGACCUUGGCUUAUACUACAUUCAGCAUUGGAAGCAUAAUGAGUCUGCUGGCCCCAUUAUGGCUAGAAGUCAUGAACUAUACACAAUGGAGCAAAAGUUUCUUGAAAGUUGUGCUCAUCAUUAUUAUGAUCGUAAAGAUACCAGAUCCAUGAUGAAAUUUGUUCGAGCUUUCGAUUCCAUUGAAUCGAAACGUGAGUUCUUACGUUCGUUAAGUUUACUUACUGAGCUCCUCUUGUUGGAAGAGGAAUUAGGAAACUUUGCGGAGGCAGCAGACAUUGCUAAGAUGAUGGGUGACAUUUUGUGUGAGGCUGAUUUGCUAGCCAAAGCUUGUAAGUUUGUUGAAGCUUAUGAACGUAUUCUUUUCUACGUUGUUGCGAAUUCUCUUUGGUCUUCGGGGAGCAAAGGAUGGCCCUUGAAACAGUUUGCAGAGAAGGUCGAGCUUUUGAAUAGAGCCUUGUCAUUUGCUAAGGAAACAUCUAGCAGCUUUCAUGAGCGUGCUUCUACUGAGGCUGAAAUAUUAUCACGUGAGGAUAGUAAUAUCUUCAAAAUAAUGAUUCAUUUAAAAUCUUCUCGAAUGCAUGGAAGUAUCAGAGGUGAAAUAUUGUGUUUGUGGAAACUUUUGGAUGUACAUUUUCAGAUGAACACCUCAAAGUAUUUCUGGAAAAAUAAUGUGUUUGAUGAUUCUGUGGAAGGAAUGAUUGUGAAGAAUCAGCUUUCUGUGGAGACUUUGUUUUACUGUUGGACAAGUUGGAAGGAUAACAUUCUCCGUGUAUUGGAAUAUCUUCCAAGUUUCAAAUGCCAAGAAAUUCAGCAGCAUAACAGCUAUGGAUUGUUUGCAUUGGAUUAUUUGGGUGUUCAAAAACAGAAUGACAUGUACCUUCUACUUGUCCCUGAUGCUAAUUGGGUGAUAAAAUUGGGUGACAAAUUUCUGAAGAAGAAUGGGAGGCUAGUAUCUGUUGAUGUUCAUGCUUUAGUCUCUGCAGCAGAGAGUUAUUGGUGUUCAGAGCUAUUUUCUGUUGGUAUGGAUGUCUUGCACAACCUUGAUGCACUUUACAAAUAUUCAGUUAACAAGGUUAUUUCAGAAUUUUGUCAACUCAGGUGUUUGAUGCUUAUCUAUGAUGUUGCGAAUUUUCUGUGCAAAUCCAAGUGUUUUAGCUGCAGCCAUGGUUACAUGAAAACACUGGAGAAAUUUUCCAGAUAUCCAAUUGAUGUUUUCCCGCGUUAUAUAGCUCUUCUAAAUGGGAAGUUAUUAACAAAAGACAUGUUUUCUCUUAAGGAAACUGGGACUUAUCGGGAUUUGGUGGAAAAGGUGGUCUUUGAGAACCUUAAACAAUAUAGGUUGACUUAUGGUCAAAUUGGAAGAGUGGUAGUUAUGAUUCUUGGUACACCUAAAUUUAAUAGGGAACUAUUUGUGGAAAUUGUGACAAAAUGGGAAGGUAAUCUACCUUGGCAAGAAUUCAUUAAGAGCUUGUAUCGGAAUUCAACAAAGGAAUCUUCGAAGUUCAAUGAAGCAAGUGAAGAGCUGCUUCACAUGCGUAAGUUUUAUGAAGCUGUGCAGUAUACUUACCAUGUCAAUUGGGAGAUUGAAAUUGACUAUAUUUCUCCCGGUUGUUUUAUAUAUCUCACUGAACACCUUUUUCUCUUAGCAUCCCGUUGGAGGGGUUUGGUUGUUGCCACAAAGUCAUCUUUGGUUGAAUGGCUCAUUUACCAGGAAGGAAACUCCCCUAAAGAUUUGAGUUCAAAGGAUGGUGUACCACAAAUUGUUGAAGAUGUCCAUAGGUUCAUUUACAAAGUCAUCCGCGUGCUUCUUAGUGAACCAAUUACAGUAAAAAAGUGGAUUAGAAAAUCAAACAUGAAUGUGGACCAUUAUUAUCCAUUGUUUGUUCUAAGAUUGGUUGUCUUACUAUGUUUGCUUCAUCUCAGCUCUGGGCUCUAUCUAGAUUUACUUCAUGAUUUGUUCCGGAAGAACAGCAGCAUAUCUGCUCAAUGUGCACACCUGCCUCGGGAAUUUCUUGAUGUUCUUCGCAAAGGAAAGAAUAGCCUGGGCUUGAAAGUAUAUGCUGAGGCAUUUAAAGUGAUUGAUGAUCCCUUGGUAAUUGUCAAUUUACGAAAGAAUGCUUCGAAAUUUGUGUCCCCAGAUGCUACCAUUAUUGAUUUAAUGACAUGCCAGAAACAAGAGCUCAUGUUAAAAGUAUUGCUUGAAAAACAAGUAGAUGAUACUGCCGCAGUUAUAACAGAAGCUUCUGACACAAAAUCUAAUGUGUUUCCUUCAACAAAUUGUUCAGAUCUCCCAAAUAGAAGUUCUGUUCUUGUUUCGGAUCAGCCAUCGAACAGUGGGGGAAUUAGACAUAAUGAGUCUAUGAAUGUUCUCGGCUUCUGGGAUGUGUUGGAGAAGUUACAGUUGGCUGUAGAUGAAUCAUGUAUGGUUAAGGUUUCGCAUUAUUCCAUCCUGAUACAGGAGAAUUUCCUUGACCCUUGCAUUGAGCUGCUAAUUUCUUCAAUAUGGGGAAGCUUACCGAAAAACCCUGUAAACCUUGAAAACAAAAAUGAAAUGGGAGAGGUGUUGAGCUUGCUUGAUGAACUGAAGCAGCUUUCUUCAUCAUUGAUUGCAACUGAUUUGAAGAACCAACUUCCGGUUAUUGGUGAACUUUCUAAGAAAAUUCUUUCGAGACAACCGAAAGUAUCACAUAUCUUGGAUCAGCUGUUUCUGCUGUGCGAGAAGAAAGUUGUUGUUGACUAUGGUGUAGCUUCAGAAGCGAGCACAGCAGCAUUGGACAAUCAUGACCUGGGGCAAAGUGCUCUGGAGGAAUCAAAAGACAAAAUGUCCAAGAAUUCUCCAGUCAACAUCAAUUCAGGAUCUGGAAAUACCAAGGGGAAUGGAAAAGGGAAGAAAAACAAUUCUAAGAAAAAGAAGGGAGGCAGAAAAGGGAAGUGAAAGUACUUACUUCCCUUGGUGAGAACUGUUGUCAGCUUUUGUGUAGACAUAGAUGUAGUAAUUAAAUAUGCUUGAACUGUGUGGUUUUGUUUGUUCUGAUUGUGUAUAUCCUUUGCAGUAAAUAAAACUUUAAUCAGUAAUUUCCCCAAACCCAAGAUUUGGCUCCUGCAUUUCUUAGCCAUCACACAUCUGCUGAUUGCAGCUGUGAUAGAUUGCUUAAUGAAAGCCAUUUACUCUCUCAUUUUAAACA